AACAUCCCGCCCAUUUAAUUCUCAGCAUGGUUGUUAGACUGGGGCUGUAUUGAAGUUAGAAGCUGCUUGGUAAUAUCUAUAGAAAUAUGGAAAUGCAAUAUAUUAGAUAACAUUUAGCAAAAAUAUAUAUAUUUAGGCAGUGCUGGGAAACUGUUUGAAACAUAGCUGCUGAAGUUGUUCUACUUGUCUAUUUUUAACUGAGAGCUGCGUCAGUGAACAGGAAGAGGAUGCCAGUGGACGGUGGUACCCAGGCCACCCAGGCCUGGCUGCGCUCCACAUGGCACAUCCAGGUGCCCCAGGCAUGGCUGGAUGCCUGUGUUGAAUGGGUAACGGAGGAGGCAGGUGGCAUGGCCUUGCCUCAAGCCCAGCUAAACCAACAAGUUCUGGACCAGUGGCUUCUUACAGACCUCCGUGACUUGGCUCAUCCCGUCCUGCCUGCUGGCAUUUCUGAGGCCGAAAAGAUGGAACUGAAUGGCUGCUACUGCCUCCAGGUGGACUCGCUCUUGGAUGUUAGCCAGCCGGCCUAUUCCCAGCUCCAGCGUGUCCGCGGCUCUCGUUGCUCCAAUGAUGAAGUCACAGCCGUGACGCAGGCCACCCAGAAACCAUGGGAGGCGAAGCCGACUCGAAUGCUGAUGCUGCAGCUCACUGACGGUGUUCAGAACCUGGAGGGCAUAGAGUACCGACCUGUUCCAGCUCUCAGUGCCAACCUGCCCCCAGGCACAAAGCUGCAGGUGGUGGGAAUGGUGAUGGUACGUCUGGGGGUGGUGCUGCUCAAACCGGAGAAUGUGAAGGUUCUUGGUGGAGAAGUAGAGGAGCUGAUGGAGGUACAUUCUCAGAGCAGGGUGCUCUACAGAACCUUAGGGUUGCCUGAGGAAAACCAUCAGCAAGAAGCAGAAGAUCAAGAGGUCAGGCAAGGAGCAAGAAUCGAGGGAACCCUGGACAGCGGAUAUGAGAGCAUUCAAAGCAGCCUGAACUUGCAAAUGAUCAGCAGAAAUGAGCCUAGUCAUUUAGAGAACUCUAGAUUAAGCACCCUCGAAGCGGCACCCAUUUCUAGACAGAGUGGGACAGAUGUAACCAAUAUUCCAGACGAGGACUUUGAUAACAUUCCGGAUGAUUUCAUGGAUUAUCCAGAGGACAUUGGCAGCAAUUGGCAAGAAGACUCUAACCAUGGGCUAGACGACUGGGGCAACAAUCCAGAUGACUUCAGUAAUGGUCCAGAGGACUUUGAUGACAUUCCAAUGGAGGAAUUGGAUGACCUAUUGUCACCUACCGAUUCUGAAAUCCUACCUAGCAGUAGACCUGUGGAAAAUGGAGGAACACAACAACAGGAUGUUUCAAGUUCUGACUACGUACAAACAGAUGGUCAAUUCAACCAACCCCAAGCAUCAAAUCAUCUUCGUUUACCCUCCAAAGCUCACCUCACUGAGGCAAAUCCAGUUGAAGUUAUUGAAGUUGAUGCAGAUGACUACUUCUCCCCUUCCCCAGAACCAAAGAUAGCCAGAUAUGAGUCCAGAUUGCAGGUUCCUGCAAACAACUACAGCAAAAAAGCUGACACAACAAUCCUCAACCAAUCCCGACCAUCAAAUCGCCUUAGUUUAUCCUCCAGCAUUCCCCUCAGUGAGGCAAAUCCAAUUGAAGUUAUUGAAAUUGAUUCAGAUGACAACUCCUCCUCUUCCCCAGGAAAAAAGAUGGCCAGAUAUGAGCCCAAAUCACAGGUUCCUGCAAACAACUGCAGCAAAAAAGCUGACACGUCAAUCCUAAACUACCUUUGUAUUUUGAAGGCUGGUGUUUGGCCACCUCAUAGUACUCAAGUAGUGCGGCUGCAUGCCUUUAUAGUCACUCUGCUGGGGAGCCUGCGCAGCAGUGGUGGGGAAUGGAAAGUCAGGGCCACCAUAUCAGACGGGACUGGAUACCUGGAUGUGGAUCUAUCAGACAGUUUGCUGGCAAAUCUGAUUGGCUUCUCAGCAGCAGAAUCUAAAGUUCUAAGGAAGGAUCCAGCAAAGCGUGGUGUGGUGGACGCUGGAUUACAGAACUGUCAGAGGGAGCUGGUGGAUAUGUGCUGUGUGAUGAGUGUGCAGGUAGAUCCGAACGGGACAGGUAUGGUGCUAGGAGCCGACCCACUGACGGACAGAGAGUGCUGUGAAAUACAGAAGAGGGUAACAGACAGGAGGUCCUAACACAUGUGCUGCUGUGAUAUCUGUUAUCUUAAAAUGUUAUUGUUGCUAUUGAAUGAAAGCAGGCAGGUGUCAGUUAGCAUUGUGCAACUUAAAUAAUGAUAACUGAAUGACUAAAUGCAUUAAAAACAAUUGUAAUCAAAAAUUCCAUCUGAUUUUAAUACUUUUUUUUUUUUUGCAUUCCUGUACUAUAUAAAAUGUAUAAAUAUGCAUUUUUGCAAUCUGAAUUUUGUUUUCCAAAACAAUUAGCAACAAAAUAAUAAUUCAGAUAAACUUCCAGGGCUAACUCUAAUGCACAGUCCAGAACUUUCUGAAAAUGUAUGCUUGGCAUUUAGCGAGUGUUUAUUUGAUUUAUUUAUUUAUUUUUUUAAAGUUGUUUGUUUUCUUUUAAUGUUUUUUUUAUUAUUAUUUCUACUAUAAUUGCGAAAAUAAAUGUAUAAAGCUCAUCAUCAA